CUCCCCCACAGUGUUGUUGAUAUUGAGGUUCAGAUAUGGUUAUAGCCACGAGGCUGUCCUAAUUUCUGCUCCAAGAACGUUGCUAGCAACGCGGAGCUCAGUCAUGUCUCCAAGAACGAGUAUUUGGGGCGUAUGCAGAGCUCUCACAAUCCGAUCGAGACCUGUCGCCCCUCGUCCAGCCCCAUUCAUCCAGUCUCUUCCACACAGCAGAUGGUAUUCGAGUGAAGGAAACGAUCAUCCUCCGAAGGCAAUUGAUAACUCUCAAGAGGCUCAGAACUCCCAGGUUGGCUCAGAAUCGAAGGAUGAAGUGUCGGCAGUAGAAAAUGGAGAGGUUGAGGUGACUACUCCGACGUCCAGCACUGAAGUUAUCGACGAUGCGACACUCGAACAAUUAUUUUUCGGUGGCCGCACACAAACCAGCUCACUUGGGGGUGUUGAGGGUGGCCUGACACCGGCACAGGAGGAGAUUCUUUACCGUGAGGGUACUAUUCCUUCGGCCGAGAAGGCUGAAGCUCUCGUCGCAGCAGCAGAGAAGUCCGAGUUGGAGGCUACAGAGAGUACAGAGAUGCAAAACCCAGGACACAAGUUUGGUCUCCCCAAGAGGCCGUGGCCGCAAGGAUUCAAUCUGAAGAAACGUUAUCACCCUGUGUUGGAGCAAAUUACCCGACUCCUCAUGAGGGACGGUAAGCUCAGUGUUGCUCAACGAAAUAUGGCCAUCGUCAUGAACUACCUCCGAACCGCACCACCUCCGAUCUAUAGCCCGAAAUACCCUCUACUGCCCGGAACUCCACCGGCCUCACACCUCCCUCUCAACCCGAUCCUGUACAUCACAGUUGCCGUAGACUCGGUGGCCCCUCUUCUCAAAAUCCGCAACGUGGCCGGCGCCGGUGGUGGUGGUCGUGCACUUGAACUUCCUGUGCCUCUGGGUUUGAGGCAGAGACGACGAGUAGCGUUCAAGUGGAUUCUGGACGUGAUCAACAAGAAGCCCUCCAAGGGUAGUGGGCGCAAGCAGUUCCCAUACAGGAUUGCUGAGGAGAUCGUUGCAGUUGUUGAGGGGCGUUCGGGUGUGUGGGAAAAGCGAAAGGUGGUGCAUAAGCUGGGUACAGCAGCACGAGCUAACGUUGGAUCUAACAAGCUCAAGGUCAAGAAGAAGAUGUAAAUAUAGACAAGGUGCAAAUGGAACGCCUGGUCCUCUGGAUGUAUAGUAGAUGUGCAAAAUAUGUAACUAUAUCAAGAUACUGAUGAAAAGACGCAUUUAAUGUUACUGUACCUUGUGCUCAGCUUGCCAUUCGAGGG